AGAGAGAUGGGCUCUUUUUCCUAUCAUUAAUAUCAACUUGUGAUUUGGGUGAAGGAAUGCAGAAUGUAAACCAGAUCACGACUGUCCGGACUGUGGAUCCAGCAGCAUCACAUUACGGAAUGCAGAAUGUAAACCAGAUCACGACUGUCCGGACUGUGGAUCCAGCAGCAUCACAUUACGCUGUAACUCAGAAGGAAACUUGGAACAAGACAAUCACCGCCCACAGUGGAGGUGUUGUCAGCACGCCUCAGUUUACUGAUGUUCAUGUGACGGGGAAUAUAAAUUUCACUGUCAACAACACAUAUGUCCAACCUGCUGCCAGGACAGAUGGGACUGAUGUUAUUACUCCCAAAACUGAAGGGCGCCCACCCACCGGACGGAUGACAACAACUACAUCUAAGUGGGCCACUGAAACAGGAGUGAUGCAGUUGACCAGCAGUGAAGUCAACAUACCUGUCACCCCAGAUGAAAUGUCUCAGCAGGAGCUUGAGCAUGUUCAACCUUUGGAUCAUCAGAAGUCCAUCGAUGUUAUUGCCUCUGAAUUGAAAAUACUAAAGCAUCAUACAGCUUGUAUGGAAGACUGUAGGGUCCAAAUAAAGAAGAUCUUUGAAAACCCUUCAGACGGUACAAAGCAGCUCCAAGAGGAGGUUCUGGCAGCACUGAGAAAUUUUCAGGAUUCUUUCUCCUCAUACUUGCUGGACAACACCAUGCAUUGUAACCCAAUUCAACCAAAGAAGAUCAUCAUGUCUCGACAGUUUCAUAGAGAUAAGAAAAGACAUUUUUUUUGUGUAACCAAAAGAAGUUUUCUCUAUAUAUCCCUUAUUAAGAGUCUUGGACAGUUGUUGUCCAAUUCCACAGUUUUUGAUAUGAUCAUCACCACACCACAGAGAUGCCGAAAAGAUGGCUUUUUGUGUGACAUAAUGGAUGGGAGCCUUUUCAAAUCCCACCCACUGUUUUCAAAAAAUUCAUCUGCUUUGCAGCUGAUUUUGUUCGCUGAUGAAAUCCACAUAAGUAAUCCAGUGGGGUCACAUGCGACUGAAAAUAAAUUACUGAUAUUUUAUUAUACUUUAGGAAACAUAGACCCCAAGUUUAGGUCAAAGCCUUCUGCAAUUGGACCUCUUGCUAUUGCAAAUGUUAAUGAUAUUGACAAGUGUGGCUUUAAUGUCAUAUUACAAGAAAUCUGUAAAGACUUAAAGUUGCUGUAUAAUGGUGUCAAGAUCCAAACAUGCAAUCGUGAAAUUGAUUUAUUUGGUGCUGUAAUUUCAGUAUGCAGUUACACACUUGGACAACAUGAGCUUACUGGGUUCAAGGAGGGAGUUGAUUUUCCCUGUAAGCACUGUGAAUGCACCUUAGAGGAAAUGCAAAAUAAUUUUGUCGAACAAAGUUUUACUAAAAGGACGAUGGAAAAACACAAACCACAGUGCGAUAAAUUGAAAAGGGCUGUAACAUUCUUAAAAUCAACUUUGAAACCCAACAAUAUAAAAAACAGAAAAGGCAAGUUAGUUGAUUUUCCGUCCUUUGAUGUUAUUCAGCAAACUCCACGUGAUAUAAAGCACGUCAUUCUUGAGCGAGUUGCACCCAUGGAGAUCAAGUGUGUGUUAAAACACCUAGUUAUCUCUGGGCAGAUGAAUUUGAAACAGUUCAAUUCAGACAUACAUGAAUUUUGCUUUUCACUAUCAGAAAUACGUGACAAACCUGAUCAUAUCAGUGUCAGUACCUUGGCAUCUAAUGAUGACAAACUUAAACUGUCUUCUGGGCAGAUGCUGACGCUGUUACAGAUCAUGCCUUUCCUGUUGAACUGUGUAGAUAAAAAAACAUGUAUUCAGUUCGUUUUGGACUUGAGGGACAUCGUUCAGAUACUUUUUGCUCCUGUUUUAUCUGUGCAAACUGUAUCAACACUGAAAGAAAUGAUUGAAAAGCAUCUGAAAAAGUUUAAGGAACUUUUUCCUGACCAUAAUAUAACUCCAGAGCAACAUUACAUGCUGCAUCUCCCUGCUCAAAUUCUCUCUCUGGGCCCUUUAGGUCAUAUGAGCAUGAGAUUUGAGUCAAAGCAUCUCGAACAUUUAUCAACAAUAUUAAACUUGAAAAAUGUCUCUAACUUGCAUGUAAACCACAAUCAGCCUUUUGAAUGUCGUCAAAAUGACACAGAGAGUCCCAUUUUAGGACAUGAGAAGGAAUUAGCUCCCGUCUCAAAAGGGACAAAUAUGGAGCACAUUACAGCAAAGAUCAGAGAUCAUUUCAGGGUUGAUGCAGUACAACAUGUUAACGCAGUUAAGCAGCUUAUUCUCAAUAGUAACAAGUACAUUAGUGGAAGGUCUCUGAUAAUCAUCAAUGCAAAUGGGACAGUACCUGUCUUUGGACUCCUAAAAAACAUUUAUGUUUUGAAAGACUGUUCAUUGCAUUGUUUCGAAUAUCAGCCUUAUGAGACUCUAGGCUGGAAUAAAGAUCUUUUAGCAUAUGAAGUUGCUGUACCUAAUCUAGCCCAGGAAACACGGUUGAUAAAUGCUGAAAAGCUAGUGGAUCAUAUGUCAUAUUUUCCAAUCAGUUUCAAAAACCGUGUGUAUGUUACGACAAAAUAUAUCCUUGAUGAUGUCAUUGCUCUAAAAGAAGCAUACUGACACUGUAUGAUGUAAACAUAAACAUACAUAAUUGUAUGGGCUAGGCAUAAAUAUGAAAUUGUUCCAAUUUCAUAUAGGUUUUA